AGCAACGCGGGCGAUGUGAUCGCGCGCUGGCGGCAUUUCUAGUGACGAUUGAACGGUGUGCGGGGCGACUGAUGAGCGGCUAAAUCGGGCUAAAUCGCUCAAAGUGAACGUCAGUGAUAAAUAUUUAUAUGUGUAGACAAAUUAACCGACUCUAAUUUUCCGCAUAAAGAACACACAAAUUGCCAUUAAAAUUGUGCACAAAGAAAUUUAAAUUUAAUAAAAAUUUCUUUUACACUUUGUCACCUCCCAGCCAAUUGAAGCUGAACCAGUGUCAUAACGAAAUAACAACAACCACAACAACAAAGAAGACAAAUGCCGCCAUAAAAUAAAAACAGCAAAAAAAAAAUGAAAUAACGUGAAUUCAAUUUUUUUUUUCACGCUAAAAAUAAUUCUCAACUCACACGCGUCUCACUGCGGUGCAUAUGAAAUAGCACGAGUGACUACAACAACAAAACAAUAAAACAAUAGUAGCUUUUAAUAUAAGUCCGUUGUGGAUAUACUACUAUAUUAAUACAUACACGUAUGCAUGCCAUCUAGUGAUCAGAUACAUAUAUACUCGUAUGUAUGUAGCGAGAAUAAAAAUUAAUAUUAAAUACAGCACAAUAAAGAGGCUCAACCGAUAAUAAAAAUAUAUUAUAUUAUAAUAUUUACAUACAAACUUACUUAAAAAUAUAUGUAUGUGUGCCUAUGUGCAUUAGUGUAUGUGUGAGUGUGUGUGUAUAAAUAAAUUACGAAUAUGUCAAAGUAUCAGCUGCUACUCGAACCGACGUCUGCUGCCGGCGAUGACGAUAUCGACGCGACAAGCGCUGGCGGCGACAAUAGUCCAACAAUAGCUACAGCAACAGCAGCAGCAACAACAACAACAACAACAACAAGUACCAAUGUUCAUAAUUCUGCUGAGAAUCUGCAAACCUUGCUCUUCACCGAUAGCAGCAAUGAUUCCAACAGCAGCAACAGCAGCAGCCGCAGCAGUAGGAACAACAACAUCAAUAGUAAAAGCAACAGCAGCAGCAAUAGUUUGAAUAGUCGCAGCAGUGCUGUGAGCAGCAGUUGGGAAUACAGUCCCUUCGACAGUAUGCCAACAAAUGAUAUUAAUCAAACAAGCGCAACGAGCAUGUCAACAGCAGCGGCGACAGCAACAGCGGCAACAACAACACCAGCACAACACAUAGCAGCAAUGAGAACGAAUUUCGCCACAACAUUGGAGUCUAAAUCGUCGUCAACAUCGCUACUGUUGGAUGCCUACGAUGCGGAUGAUACGACGAUGGAGGUGCCAUUGCUUGGCGGAAAUAAUAAUAAUGAUUACCAUGACCAUGCCAGUCAUCAAUUCACCGUCGCUUCCGGCGCUAACAACCAUGCUACCGCUGCAGCCGUCGCCGCCGCCGCCGCCACCUGUCAUUGCCAAUUACCCGGAUUUAGCGCAAAUCUGCAUACAAAAUCCACACAAGAUGCGAAAUUCAAAAUAUUAUUAGCAAUUACGCUUUGUUGCGUUUUCAUGAUUGUUGAAUUCCUUGGCGGUUACAUGGCCGGAAGUUUGGCUAUCAUGACGGAUGCCGCCCACUUGGCGUCGGAUUGCAUUAGUUUUGUCAUCGGUUUGGUGGCAAUUUGGCUCGGUGGUCGACCGCCGGAUGGGCGUAUGUCCUUCGGCUAUAAACGAAUGGAGGUGAUGGGCGCCAUUGUAUCAAUAAUAGGUAUUUGGAUACUAACCGCAACACUAAUUAUUGUGGCCAUGGAACGAUUAUACUCCAAUGACUUCGAUUUAAGUGCCAACACAAUGAUGGUUAUAUCGGGCAUUGGAAUUAUUAUUAAUAUUGUCAUGGUUUUCAUACUCCACGGCUCAUCGCUAGCACAUGGAGCUGCUCACGGUCACAGUCAUGCACACGCGCAUGCACACUCACACUCACAUAACCAUGCAACAGCGCUGCCCGUCGGCGGUGUAGGUGUCGCUGGCAAUGAAUUGAAAAAAUGUGAUAAUGCCGAGAAUCUAAAUCUGCGCGCUGCCAUGAUUCAUGUCAUUGGUGAUCUGGUGCAAAGUAUUGGCGUUUUUCUCGCUUCGAUUUUAAUAUCAAUUUAUCCCGCCGCCAAGUAUGCCGACCCGCUGUGCACGGUGAUGUUCUCGAUCAUCGUUUUCAUGACCACCGUACGCUUGUUUCGGGAAUCGAUUGGCAUUCUUCUGGACGCUGUGCCGGCGUCGAUAUCAUUGGUCGAUCUGGCACUGGAUCUGGGUAACAUCGAUGGCGUUAGAUCCGUACACCAUUUGAAUGUUUGGAAUCACACGAAUAACCACAGCGUAAUGAUGGUUCAUUUAGUUAUUGAUUUCCUAUCGGACAGCAAUACGGUGCUGCAACGCGCCACACAAGUAGCCUGUGGCCACAAAUACAACAUCAAGCAUUGCACCAUACAAAUUGAACGUUUGACUUCAUAAAAUUAUUCACACUAAUAUCCGGCACACAUAGCUGGCACAUAAACCAAAUGUAGUAAAUGAAAAUAAAACUUAUAAUAAAAUCAUUAAGUUUAUGAUUUUUACCGCCAAAGACUGACAUGAGCGUGUGACCGACACUCGAUAGAUGCCUUGUUAAGCCAGCCAAUGAGAGUGAUGUGUGUAAUUUAAUCUCUCCAGGCAAGGGGAGGGGAUAUAUAGGAGAAGGCGAAUAUAUAUAUAGACACACAUACAUAUACGUUUGGUUAUACUCGUACGCAUAUGAAGCUGAAGAUAUUGAUAUGGAAGCUAAAGAAUGUCGAAUGGAAGAUGUUUGGAGGGAGGUGGACUGUAAUGCUGAGCGUCGGUUGCGUUGCCUGCACUGAGCUUGAACUCUGCUAAAAGCAAUUGAAAAUGUCAUUAAAUGCGCUGCGCUAAUUGAUCGUUAAAUUUAUUAUAACGUUGACAAAGCAGGCGAGAGCUAUGUGGGUGGGUGUGUGAAAUAUAUACAUAUACAUAUAUAUAUAUAUAUAUUUGUAUAUACACUUAAUUACAUUCAUACAUUUGUUCAUAUUCAGACAACAAGUGCGUGAGCAACAUAAAGCAAUUUCUAUCGAUUUAGAAAUUACUUACAUACAUAUUGUCAAACAUGUGCAUAUUA